AUGAAUACUUUUGCAGAUCACGUUCAGUUGCACUCCGACCAUACUCAGAGGAGGUCCAUUCGAACCAAGUACUCUAACCCGUGUGAUCUUUGUGCACUUCGAAAAGUACGAUGUGAUCGACUCGAGAAGAUACAAAUGGCCAAGAGAGAUCCUACAGUAUCUGAAAGUUGUUCCAGAUGUUUGAAAAAUGGCGUUAAUUGUACUAAUAUAAGAUUAAAGAAGAAAAGUGGACCUAAAUUGAAAGCUAGAUCGACAAAAGCCGAUGAAGUUCAGAAGGAAAAGCCUUGCAAGCGAUCACCAAAAGUGGAGCUAUCACCUCCUUUACACGGUGAAAUCUUGUCGAUAGAUAAACUACUUCCUUAUCUCCAUGUUUAUCAAACAUGGUAUUAUGGAGUAUGGCCAGUUAUAAGUGUUGCUCAUUUGGUAUCAAAAAUUGUUCAAGACUGUACAAAUAAUGAAUUAAAUGAAAAAAGUGCUACUUCAUAUUCACUUUGUUGUGCUAUUUGUGCAGCUAUAUCUAAACAAAUUACUUUUCUAAGUUCUAGUUCUCAAAUAAUUAAUAUUCCAAAUGAUAAUGAUGCUUCACUUUACGUUUCUGAGUCACUCAAGGCCAGAUCAAUAGUGGAUUAUAAAUUAAAUCCCAGUUAUGAAUCUUUAUUGACAUCAUUUUUCCUUUAUGUUUAUUAUAUUAAUAAUAAAGGCGGUACUAAUGCUUCCAUUCUUUACCUCAGAGAAGCAAUCUCAAUGGCCCAAAUUUUGAAAUUACAUGAUAAAGCAACUUUAUUGUCAAAACCAUCAGCUGAAGCUCAUAGAUUGAAGAAAAUUUACUAUUUAUUAUUAGUAACUGAAAGAUUUAUGUGCAUUGAAGAUAAAAUCCCGGUGAUUUUAGAUGCUUCAAUACCUUUACCAUCUUUAGAAGACGAGGAAUAUCCUGGUUUACUAACUGGAUUCACUGAAUUAAUUAAAAUUUUUGCAAUACCUGAUCGAUCAUUUUUUGAUAAUAUAUCUAAUUUAUCAGACAGUGAAUUGUCAUGUUUUAAAAUAUUAAACGAUUUUUUAAAUAAUGAUGAUAAAGAUUCAUCAUUAUAUUCAAUGAAUUGGAUUAUCAAUGUACAAAAAAAAUUAAUGAAUAUUAAGAUUAUUAAUCCAACUUCGGAUAUUCAAAAAGCUAAUAUUUUACUAUCAAAACACUGGAUGAGAUCAUUAACUUGGCAUAUAUCGUAUCAAAAGGGAAUAUUAAGAAAAAUUACUAAUGAUUCUAAUAAUUGUUUGAGUUUUAAUUAUCCAGUUAGUAUUGCUUAUGACUUUUUAUCAAACACAAAUGACUUACCAAUAUAUGCAUUUGAAUCGAAUGGUCCAGGAGUAUGUAUUAAACUUUUGGAAAUUGCCAAUGGUUUGGCUGACUCAAUUAACAAUUUUUCCUUACAUUCAAAUUAUAAUGAAUUUUCAAGUUAUAAUGCCUUAAAUUCAAUUUUUGGAUUAAUCGGUAAAUUCAAAACUGAAAUAACUUUACCAAUUAAGCUUUAUCAAAAAAUUGAAACAAUAGUUAAUAAUAGACCAAUACCAAAGAUGCCUGAGCCAUCAGGUUAUAUUACUGAAGUUAAUGAAAAUGAAUCACAAAACUCUCCAUUCACUGAAAUGGCGAACAUUUUUGCAACAGCUACAUCGUCCUAUGAAGCCAUGAAUGGCAGAGCACAACACUAUAACCAGACUUCUUUAAAUGAAUUUUCAAACCGACCAAUAUUAGAGUCUUCUACAAUUGCAUAUUCCAGAAAUGAGGUUGAUUUCGCCCCAAUUGACCAACAUUCUGGAAACUCCCUGCUGCAGAACUUGGUCAAGCUAGGAUCCUUGACCAAUUUGAAUCACGAAUCCUCCUAUAAUGACUUCAGUUGA